GGGCACCAGCUCAGCAGCGGCACGAAGGAGGCCGCUUUCAUAUACGCGGUGACGUCGGCGGGCCUCAUGCACUCGGUGACGCGAUCGUGCAGCGCAGGGAACAUGACCGAGUGCUCCUGCGACACCAGCCUGCGGAACGGGGGCUCAGCCAGCGAGGGCUGGCACUGGGGCGGCUGCUCCGAUGAUAUCCACUAUGGAAUGUCGUUCAGCAGAAAGUUCCUGGAUGCGCCCCUGAAGAACCUCACGGGCAAGAGCGGGAGUGGGCUGGCGGCCAUGAACCUGCACAACAACGAGGCAGGGAGGCAGGCUGUAGCAAAGCUGGUAUCAGUGGACUGCCGUUGUCACGGUGUUUCUGGAUCCUGUGCUGUGAAAACUUGUUGGAAAACUAUGUCCUCCUUUGAAAAGAUUGGUCGGUUUUUAAAGGAUAAGUAUGAACACAGCAUACAAGUAUCAGACAGACUGAAAAAAAAGCUACGCAGAAAAGAGAAAAGGCAGCGAAAAAUACCGAUCGGGAAAGAAGACCUGCUGUAUGUGAACAAAUCGCCCAAUUACUGUGUCGAAGACCAAAAAUUGGGGAUCCCUGGGACUCAGGGAAGGGAAUGUAACCGCACCUCGGAGGGACCCGCUGGCUGCAAUCUCCUCUGCUGCGGGCGUGGGUACAACACUCAUGUUGUCAGGCACGUGGAAAGGUGUGAAUGCAAGUUCAUCUGGUGCUGCUACGUGCGCUGCCGGAGAUGCGAGACCAUGACUGACGUGCACACCUGCAAAUAA